AUGAUCGUGGCAGGACUUUACUCCAAUAAAACAGAAGCGACUAGCACAGUGCCAACAUGUAGUCCUCCUUGUUCUAUAGGAGAUGUUGGCAGAGAGGAUUGGUUUUACUGGCCAGUUGUGGAGAUUGACGAGCAGGUUUUAGCAACAGUCAUUCUAGAUGUCGACAACAAAAGCGAUACGACCUCCACCACGACUAAGUACGGAACACUUAUCGACGCCGAGGCCGGCACUACAAUCGAAUAUGUCACAGAUGCCACGAGCUUCUGGAACUCACUUAUGAGUACAUCAGGGGUAGUCGUUGAGAACAAUACGCCGGUAAUAACCUUAAAGCCCACAAUCUACACUGCCCCUGGCGAGUAUAUCACCAUUACCACUGCUAUAACCUCACCAACCAUUUAUUCCAACUUGGGUUUCCUAGCCUACAGUGUCACCAAUGAAUUUGAGAGUUAUUAUACCGACGGCGACACGGGCUCGGUCGAAGCCAUCUGCACCACUGCUUCAGCAUCGACCAUAGGUCUGGUUCCGACUGUCACGCCGAUCGGCUUCACCAACCCUUACUAUGCACCACUGGAUUCUGCAGGUUGGUCCGCUCUCUUACCCCAGAAGUGGAGCAAUUGUUAUCCUGAACAAAGUUUUGGCCCUUCGAGGGUUGGCGAGUCGGUGAUAGGCAUUGUGUCGGCCUUGACGACGACGGAGACUAGAUACGGCCCUUAUGUACAUCCUCAGGUGCCAGUGGCUACAUCGAAGAACCAGGAAACGUCGAAGAACCAGGAAACGUCGAAGAACCAGGAAACGUCGAAGAACCAGGAAACGUCGAAGAAACAGGAAACGUCGAAGAACCAGAAAACGUCGAAGAACCAGAAUACGUCGGUCGCAGCAGCAAGCGGAAGUGUUUCCAGUUAUCAGGACGUUCAGACGAGGGCGAACUCCCCAGCAAGACCGUCUGCUGCAUCCGUGUCUGCAACCAAGGUGGCGGAGCGACCUCCUGUGUCGCAAGAUCAGCUUGACGCAGCUCCCACGCCGAGCGGAGCUCCAAAAGAGUUGGCCCCUGCUGCUAUUCGACCAAGUGAUGAUCCGCAACCUGGUAGCUCAUAUGCUGGCGGCACCUCGCUCAAUUCGGGUGCUGCUCCUACCGCAACCCCACUCGAGCCUGUUGUCAUAUCUGGCACGACAAUACAACCUGGAGCCGCACCCGUGACAAUUGGGAGGAUCACAUACAGUCUGGCAGCUUCUUCGCCUGUCCUCGUAGUCGACGGCUCUACAUCCAAUCUUCCACCACAAGGGACACCUCCUCCUGUGGUCAUCUCAGGCAUCACAGUCGCACCUGACGCCGCACCAGUCACAGUAGGAGGAACAGUCUACAGCUUGUCGCCUUCAACAUUAGUACUCCUGGUUGACGGCUCUACAUCUACCCUUGCUCAGCAGGCCACACUUGUGCCUGUCGUCAUCUCAGGCACCACCUUGAGACCUGGGGCACCAGGCGUAACGAUCAGCGGAAGUGUUUACAGCCUUGUCCCCGGGUCACCAGAAGUAGUUAUUGACGGAUCGACGUCCACUUUGGCAUCAGAACCAACUGCAGUACCCUUUGUGAUAGCGGGGACAACCUUGGUUCCAGGAGCACCAGCCGUAACAGUCGGCGGAAGUGUCUACAGCCUUGUCCCCGUGUCGCCAGAACUAGUUAUUGACGGAUCAACAUCUACUUUGACAUCACAACCUACAGCAGCGCCUAUUGUAAUAGCAGGAACGACUUUGGUGCCAGGAGCACCAGCUCUGACCAUAAGCGGGACUGUCUACAGUCUUGCACCUGGGUAUUCAGAAUUAGUAAUUGACGGAUCAACGACUACUUUGACAUCACAACCUACAGCAGCGUCUAUUGUAAUAGCCGGAACGACUUUAGUGCCAGGAGCACCAGCUAUAACCAUUAGCGGGACUGUCUAUAGUCUUGCACCUGGGUAUUCUGAACUGGUUAUUGACGGAUCAACGACUACUUUGACAUCACCACUGACAGCAGCGCCUGUUGUGAUCGCAGGGAUGACUUUGACUCCAGGAGCACCAGCUGUGAUAAUAAGCGGUACGACGUACAGUCUGGAGCUAUCAUCGUCUCUUCUGGUUGUUGAUGGAUCUACACUGAUACCAGAAACCACCCAGUCCGCAACUUCUGGUGAAGGCUAUGGUUCCCUCAUCUGGAGCGGCGUUGGGGGAAGGGUCACCGCAUCUAUAGCAAGUACUGGCCCAACUAGCGCCACAGGAACGGGAACGAGAACGGGAACGGGACCACAAGUAGCAGUCUAUACUGGCACCGGAAGCAGGAUCGAGCAUGGUGUUGGCAAAAGCUGGAUGGUUCUUAGCAUGGUGGCUGCAUUGUACAUAUUAUUUGCAUAG